UUGUCAGUACUUCAGUUUGAUUUAGACCCGCUCUCAGUGGUGGAUCACGCACUUUCCUGCACGCACAAACAUUUCCAGCGGAUUUUACGCACACGUCGCUGGAGAAAAGCAACAGCAAAGGUUGUAUUUUUCUAUACUUUCUCGCCCUUAACAGAACUCGACUGCUGUUUUAAAUUCCCUACUGGAUAAUAUUUUCAGAUUUUGAGUCAAUUAUUGCUCCUGGCGACGCUGUGGACGUGUUGUGCCAAAAUGUUUCCGCAGCUUGGUUGGCGGCGCGCCUGUGAUUCGGUUUUAAAGCCACGACUGUGGACUGUUCGCCUGCCUCUGCUUUUCCUACGCCCCACACAUUUCACUGGAUGUUAACAGAGGAGAGUAGCCUUUUAAUUGUAAAGGACUGUCUCAAUAAUAAUCUUUGUUGAAGACGUGAAACUAGCGCGUUGUUUUGAGCGAAUAUCGUUACUGGCACAUCACCGUACACAGAAGCGCAAUGGAGCCACGUCGCCUCCGCGUCAUCCCGCUGCUGCUGCUGCUGCACCUGGUCGUGCUCCUGCUGGGCUGGCCUGUCGGGGCCGUGCGGAUUCGCAAAAAGGCCACCAGGACCCGGUCCUGCCUGGACCUGCCGGAGGAGAUCCUGGAGCAGAUGUUCGGCCGGCUCUCCAUUGGAGUGAUGAGCGCUUUCCACCACGCGCUGCAGCUGGAGCCACAGGACAGACUCAACCUCACGUGCCCGACCACCGCGCGGUCCCCAAACAACAGCAAGACCCGCCUCCCGGUCAACCUGCUCAGCAUCUCCCCCUGGGCCUACAGGCUCUCCUACGACCCAUCCCGGUAUCCCCGGUACAUCCCCGAGGCGUACUGUCUGUGUAAGGGCUGCCUGAUGGGGCCGUACGGCGAGGAGAGCGAGCAGUACCGCAGCACUCCGGUCUACGCUCCCUCCGUCAUCCUGAAGAGGACGGGCUCCUGUCUGGGAGGAAGACACUCGUACACAGAGAUCUACGUCUCCAUCGCCGUGGGGUGCACCUGUGUGCCGCUGCUGGAGAAGGAGAGGGACGGACACAAGAGCAACCAGAGUCUGGAGAGAGUGGAGAACAAAACGGGCCGAAGGCGCCUCGUCUCUGUGAGGAAGAAAGUAUGAAGCAAGCCGGCGGUGGCGUUCCAGAUAAAUUAUUCUUCAACGGAUGCACAUUAGUUGGAUCCUUCUCUACCUGUACUGAGUUCCAGCAGAUAUUUGUCCUCCUCUUCAGAAGAAUGUCUUAACUUCAGCUGACUUUAAAGGAUUCAAACUUAAGAGAGCAGACUGAUUUACAACUCUUUCUAUUUUUGACAAACUGAUAUUAAACCUCAGCCCUCUGUGUGGACAAUAACACUAGGAGUACAUUUCAUAAAUGUUUAUGUCAUUUGGUGGACAAACAUACCCUUUUGAAAUUUAAAGCAAACAGACAAGUGGAAUAAUAAUCCGUAAUCAUAAAAAUGAUCAACACUGCCACCUACUGACAGAAAGAUCAACUUUCCCUGUUAGUUUUGUCUUUAGUGACAUUUUUUUUUAAAGACAACUUCUCAUCUUAAUGUAGUUGUUGAUAAAGUUUGUACCUGUCAAAACUCAGCAAAGAAUAAAAAAACAGUCUAAAGAACAAAUGUGGGGGAGAUUUACGAGAUCAGUGCAAUGCAUGCUCACCUCUCCAAGCAAAGAAAUGCAUCGCUUGUGUAUUAUAAGUCUCAUUUUGUAUUUUCAGGAUGCAGGAGGUUUCUCAAAGGUGUAAUUAUCACAUCAUGUAGAGGGAUACAAUAAACACGCCAGCUACAAAAGUUUUCUUUUUGGCGUUCUGGCCUUUAUUUGACAGGACAGG